AGGAGGGCGACGCGACGACGGCGAAAAAGGCCAAGGCCGUCGCAGCAUCCGCGACCAAGCCCGUCAAGGUCGCCGACAAGCCGACCGACGCCGUCACGGUCGACCUGUGCGCCGAGGAGCAGUUCCAGUUGCGCAAGCGCGAGCGUGAGCGGAAGAGGAAAGAGGCCAUGUCCAAGCCCUACGCGCCGCAAGACGACGAGGAGAUCUGCGGCGACCCGUACAAGACGCUGUUCGUCGGGCGCCUCCCGCACGACGUGACCGAGAAGGACCUCCUGCGCGAGUUUGACCUGUACGGCCCGAUCGAGCGCUUGCGCCUCGUCACCCACCCGGACACGGGCGAGUCGCGCGGCUACGCGUUCAUCGUCUACGAGCGCGAGCGCGACAUGAAGGCGGCGUACAAGGACGCCGACGGGCUCAAGAUCAAGGGCAAGCGCGUCCUCAUCGACGUCGAGAGGGGUCGGACCGUUAAAGGGUGGAAGCCGCGUCGGCUCGGAGGAGGCCUCGGCGGGAGGAUCAAGAAGCUCAAGGGCGGCAUCCCGGCCCCGGAUCCUCACGUCCCUCCCCCCUUCUUCGGCGGCGGGUACCGCGGCGGCUUUGGCGGCCCUCCUCG